AUUUUAGAUAAAUACAAUUAUAUAUUGCACGAAUAAAAUAAUGUAAGAUUGAAAGUAAUUGUCGAUGAUUAUCAAUCGCAUUGAUCGUCCUAUGAGUAAUUGAAAACGCCAGCCACACGCGCGCGUCUUCAGUCUUGCCCGUUUCCCAGCCAGCCGCCCGAUAAGGUUUCUCACACGGCGGCGCCAUCACACUCACAUAAUCGUCAUCGUGAUCCUCGUUGACGUCCCCGUGUGUUUGUCGUGGGUGCGGACGGAGCUUCGCUGCUGACUCCGAUUUCACAACUACCGACUCCGGUGGCUCUCGUUUCCCAAAAAAGACUUUUGUAAUUUUGUAAAUAAUCAUGGCAGACUCAGAUGACGAGUAUGAUCGGAAGCGAAGGGACAAGUUCAGAGGUGAACGUACAGAAUCUUACAGAGAAGGACGAGGAAGGGAAGAUCGUCGAAGAGGAGGAGAUGAUUGGCCUGAGCGGGAAUGGUCAAGCAGACCUCGUACCCGACCAGACUACCGGGAUUACCGAGGAGGAGGUGGCGGCGGCCGUGAACGGUACAGUCCAGCGCGUUCUCAGGAAAUGGCUCCCCCGAUGAAACGUAUACGCGGCGAGUGGGACGAGCGACCUGGUCGUGGUCACUCAGGUUACGGCGAGUACUACGGUCGCGAAGGUAGCGAAGGCGGAGGCGGAGGCGGUGGAGGUCGUGGCGGCAGUGGCUGGUCUCAGGAACAUUACGGCGGCUCGCAUCACGGCAACCACCACUAUGGUAACCAUAGCAACAACAGCAGCAGUCGAGAGGUUGCUGGAAAUUUCAGCAAUUCCAAUGUGGAGACACAGCCACCAAUGAUGACAUUCAAGGCAUUCUUAGGCACACAAGAAGAUUCGAUUACUGAUGAAGAGGCCAUCAAACGCUACAAUGAGUACAAACUGGAGUUCAGAAGGCAGCAACUGAACGAGUUCUUUAUUGCACAUAAGGAUGAGGAAUGGUUCAAAAUAAAGUAUCAUCCAGAAGAAUCAGUAAAAAGGAAAGAAGAGCAGUUUGCGGCUUUAAAGAAACGCGUUGAAGUGUUCUUGGAAAUGUUAAAUAACAAUGAGAUCGAUAAGGUAUCAGUCGACGCUGACCAAACUGACAGUUUGUUGCAUCUGCUCGAUGCAGUAGUCAUCAAGCUAGAAGGUGGCACUGAGGAAGAUUUGAAAGUCUUGGACAUCAAGCCUCCAAGUCAGCCCGUCAAGGAAAGCUCGACCAAAGAACCUGUUAUUAAGAAAGAAGAAGAUAAGGAAUCGAAAGAAUCAGUCAAAGUAAAAGUUGAAAAUGAGAAAAAAUCGGAGGACAGCGAGAAGCCAAAAGAAGAAGCAAAGGAAGAAGCGGAGGAAGAGAAGCACAAUGGUGACAUAGAGAUAAAGGAGUCGAAGGAAGAAAUAGAUGAGGCUCCAGAAAAGAAAGAAGAUGAGGAAAAUGAGACUAGUAUAGAAAAAGAAGAAAAAGAAGAAGAAAAGAUGGAAGAAGAGCAAGAAAAGAAAGAAGAAGAGACAAAAGAGGCAGUGGACAAACUUGAAGAGCCUACGACGAAAAAGCGAAAAAGGGCCAAUAGUAAUAGUAGUACAAGUAGUAGCAGUAGCAGCAGCUCCUCUGACAGCGCCGAUAGCAAUAAACCUGCUACACCCCCUGGCCCACCUCCUACUGAAGAUAAAGAUGAAGAGAAAGAAGAUAAGGAAGAGAACAGUGAAAAGUCCAGUGAAGAAAAAAAGAGCGAAAAGUCCAAAAAAGAAAAGUCUCCUGAACCCGAGGUUGAGAAGCCAAAGAAAAAGAAGUCAGUUGAUUCAGAUGCAGUGAUAGACUUAGCUAGUGAGAAGGAACCACGAGCUUUACACAAAACUAGCAGUAUUUUCCUUAGAAAUUUGGCGCCGACAAUCACGAAAGCAGAAGUGGAAGCUAUGUGCAAACGUUUCCCUGGCUUUUUGCGUGUAGCCAUUGCUGAUCCUCAACCAGAAAGAAGAUGGUUCCGUAGGGGAUGGGUCUCGUUCGAAAGAGCUGUUAAUAUCAAAGAAAUAUGUUGGAGUUUAAACAACAUUAGGCUAAGAGACUGCGAGCUUGGAGCAAUUGUAAAUCGUGAUUUGUCUCGGCGUGUACGUACCGUCAAUGGUAUUACAUGCCACAAGCAAAUAGUAAGAAAUGACAUUAAGUUAAGUGCAAAAAUCGUGCAUAAUUUAGAUAAUCGAUCUGGAUUAUGGGUCGAGGAUAAAAAAGCAGCUUUAGCAGAAGAAGAAGCCAAAAAAGAGCAAUCCGCUAAUGACAUUGAACAAGCAGCAUUUGGACUGUCGUCAAAAAAUCCAAUUUUGAAAAAUAUAACCGAUUACCUUAUAGAAGAAGCGUCCGCAGAGGAAGAAGAAUUACUUGGAGUUUCUGGAGAUCAUGAAGAGGGACAACUAUCCGGUGAAGGAGAGGAGAAAGUUGAGAAGGAUCCUGCUCUUGUUAAAGUUUUAGAUAAAUUGAUUUUAUAUUUGAGGAUAGUACAUUCUGUUGACUAUUACAAUCAUUGUGAAUACCCAAAUGAAGAUGAGAUGCCAAACCGAUGUGGAAUAAUGCACGUUAGAGGAUCACCACCAGCUGGCAAAGUCCCUAGCAGUGAAUUGACGGAAUACUGCAGGAACUUUGAAAGCAAAAUGGCUGCAUUCCUUGCCCCCGUGGCCACAGUUUCUUCUUCCGAAUUCGAAAAACUUGGAUCUAAGAACGCCGAAAAUGAGGUAGAGAAGUUCGUCCAGGCAAACACGCAGGAAUUGUCAAAAGAUAAGUGGUUGUGUCCACUUAGUGGCAAAAAGUUCAAGGGUCCAGAUUUUAUACGCAAGCAUAUCUUCAACAAGCACGCGGAAAAGGUCGCCGAGGUAAAGGCCGAGGCCGAAUAUUUCAACAACUACCUGAAGGACCCAAAAAGACCGCAGUUACCCGAACAUCCCGGUAACAAAGCACCACCUAGAGACAGCGCCAGAGAAGGAUACACACCUUUUAACUCCGGAGGCUCUCGGCCUCCUGGUAGAUUCGCAGGAAACUAUGGAGGUAAUUUUGGAGGCAAUCGCGGUGGUUUUGGCGGCGGCUACGGCGCUGGAUUUGGUGGUGGCUUUGGCGCACCAAGAGGCAACCGCGGUGGAUUCAACAGAGGACGUGGUGGAGGCGAAUUCAGGCCCGUUAUCCAUUAUCGAGAUCUUGAUGCUCCAAGAGAACCCGAUGAAUUUUUAUAAAAACGACAGUUUAUUAGGCUCAUUGAAUAUACACGUACGAAAAAAUGACUCUUGCUAAAGGGCAAAACUUAUUCAGGGCUGGAAAAGCGUAGAACAGUCAAUUUAUUUUUCUCGGAUUACAUUACAAAAUUAUAAAAUAAUGAAUAUAUUUUGUAAUAUAUUAUAUUUUUAAGCUAAAGUAAGUCUUAUAAGGAUCUUUUCAGAUACGCUAUUCUAAAAUAUUAUUAAUGGUAGAAUUUAAAUCACUUAUAAUUUGAGCUUUAACGUGAGCAGCUGUGACUGUCCAUUAAAGUAAACAGUUGUUCAUUGAUGGUUAACCCAAAUCGUACAUAUAAUCGUGAUUAAACGUAAAUAUAACUAAAUGACUUCUUGACCUUUUACAAUUUAAGUAAAUAAUCCUUGUUAUUAUUGUAUACUGAAUUCGAAAGAUUUAUUUUGGAAAAAUCAUUAGAUCUAUAUUAUUUAGAAAGUUGGUUUAAAUCAAGUGAUUGUAGUCCAGCCCUGUUUAAUAUUUUUUUUAUUUAAUCAAUACUGACUGGGGAAAAGCUUGCGAAUAUAUAUAUAUAUAUAUAUAUAUAUAUAUAUAUAUAUAUAUAUAUAUAUAUAUAUAUAUAUAGAUCGAUUCAUUCGUACAAUGUAAAUAUGUCAAAGAAGAUAAUGAGCCUAAUAACUCUAGAGUACGAAAAGAAUAUAAAGCUUUCUCGGCGUUCCUUUUUUUACACUGUCUUCAAAGGAAAUGAAGUUCUAUGGUAUGAUGUAUAACGCAAUAUUGUUUUGUCAUUUGUGUUUAUUUUUCCAUUUUUUCGACUAUAUUAUGUACAAUCCAGUAUAAUAUACAAAAAAUCGAUUCUUUAUAUAAGACAUUACAAUCGAAUCACGUAUUCAUGUAUAUGUGUAAGAAUGAGAAAAGUCACUAAGAAACAAAUACACAAUAAUAAGAA